UUUGAAGUUGUUGCGAGAUUUGCCAACAAAAAGAAGAAGAAGGUGACGUCACAGACCAGGAACAGCACUGUAUCAGCGGCAGAAAGGAAAACAGUUCGCCUCUGUGUUCAUCCGAAACAGACAAUUCAGCAAAUAAAAUUCAACUCCAAAGGCGAAGCUCAUUUUAGCAGACAUGUCUUACGGCAAAGCAGAGAGCUACCGCUCUGUCCCACAGGACUUCAACACCAUCAUACAGACAUGCAGUUCCAACAUCCAGAAGAUCACACAGAACACUGCUCAGAUCAAAUCCAUGGUGAACCAGGUGGGGACCAGACAGGACACCAGUGAACUCCAGGAUCGUCUGCAGCAGAUACAACACUAUACCAAUCAAUUGGCAAAAGAAACCAACAAGCACCUGAAAGACUUGGGAUCAGUCCCUUUGCCCUUGUCACCCUCAGAGCAGAGGCAGCAAAAGAUCCAGAGGGACCGGCUGAUGAAUGAUUUCUCAGCUGCUCUCAACAACUUCCAAGCAAUCCAGCGGCGUGCAGCAGAGAGGGAAAAGGAGUCGGUAGCCAGAGCGAGGGCUGGAUCCCGUCUGUCAGCUGAGGACAGUUCUCGAGAUGAAAAACUGGUAUCUUUCGAUAACCAAGAGGACUGGGGUCAGAUGACUACCCAGGCAGAGGAGGCGGCGAUCACAGAGGAGGAUCUGGAGCUCAUCAAGGAGAGAGAAACCAACAUCAGACAGCUGGAGUCUGACAUCAUGGAUGUAAACCAGAUCUUCAAGGACUUGGCAGUGAUGAUCCAUGAUCAGGGAGAAAUGAUAGAUAGCAUCGAGGCAAACGUGGAAAAUGCUGAAGUUCACGUAGAACGAGGAACAGAGCAGCUCCAGAGAGCCAGUUACUACCAGCAAAAGUCCCGGAAGAAGAUGUGCAUCCUUGCAAUGGUUGGUUCCAUCGUACUUGUCAUACUUGGCAUUAUCAUCUGGCAAACUGCGAAGUGAGUCGACCGCACAACUUGUGUGACACUUCUAUAUUUAACUGUGCCCCCUCUCACCUGCAAAUACCUGCUUGGAAUGAUGAAAAGAGGCUGAUCAGUAUGUGAAGUUCAGUAGAGUAAAUUUCUGCAGUGGGCUGGUCAUUGAGGAAAAACAUACUGUCGUCACCCGAUCAAGCCUGUUUCUGUAACAUAGCUGAACAAAAUUGAAACCGAGAAGAUGAGGUGGUGUAGGGGAGCGAUUUAAGACCUGAUAUUCCUUCAUUUGCGUCAUUCAUUUCUUAUUUACUGCACUAACACUAGCUGUCACUGUAUAUCUGUAUGUCACUGUAUAUAAAAAUGUUAUUUGGAAUUUCAGACAUCGGCAUAAUAACAAUAAAAAAUGCAGCUUGUCAAAGUAAAACCCAUGGUUUUAAGGGUUGUAAAUGAUUAUUUGUCACCUGUUGUUGUGCUACCUGCCGAUGUAGAGUAUGUGCAGGGUCACAGGCUCUGCUAUGACUCUUGGCCUUCACACUAACAUUACAUGGGACUAUUAUGACACUGGUGGAGAAGGCAUAUGUGAUUGUACUAUACAUGUUGUAAAAUGAAAACUUAAACUGAUAACCAAUAUAAAUUAACCCCUGGUCUGUAAAUAUCACAGAGUGCUGCAUUAUAUUCUGCUAAAAACCUUCUGGGUGAUAAUGACAGUGUUUAAAAAAUGAAAGUCUUCAAACAAAACAUAUUUAAAUGAAUUUCUAUGACUCCUGGUAUUAUGCAUAAUAAAUGUUUUAAACUCUUUUAA